AAAGAGCAUCUGGAGAUUAGCGGACAUAAAGACUUCGAGCGAUAUCCACUCUCCGCCAUAACGCAAUCGCAACUCCUCAGUCACCACCACAAGCAACCUUGAUAGUAACAGUUCCUAAAACACAUCUUUAGCUUAUAUCACAAGCAUGCAGCACUCACUAGCCAUCCUUGACGACUACCAAUCCGUCGCCCUGAAAAUAGCAGACUGGAGCGCAAUCAGCGACACCGCCAAAGUUCCAAUUACAGUCUUUUCCGACCACCUCUCCGACGAGACCGAGGUGAUCGCCCGGCUGAAGCCGUUUACGAUCAUCUGCAUCAUGCGCGAGCGAACAAAGUUUACUCCCGCGCUGUUUGCCGGGUUGCCGAAUUUGAAAUUACUGGUUACGACCGGCAUGCGGAAUCUGGGGAUCGAUCUCGAGGCCGCGAGAGCGCAUGGGGUCGUGGUCUCGGGGACGGGGUCUGGUGGUGAGUCUACGGUUGAGACGAUCUGGGCGUUGAUCUUGGGGGUUGCGCGGAAUAUCGUGGCGGAUCAUACGCGAUUGACGACGCCGGAGACCGCAACGGUCUGGCAGGCCGGACGGUUGCCGACAGGGCUUUAUGGACGCACGCUGGGAGUCGUGGGGUUGGGCAGGCUAGGAUCGAGGGUUGCUGCGAUUGCUAAAGUGUUUGGCAUGAACGUGCUGGCGUGGAGCGAGAAUAUGACGGCAGAAAAGGCAGAGGCUGCGGGCGCGAAGUUUGCAGGGAGCAAAGAGGAGCUCAUGCGGCAGUCUGAUUUUGUAUCGGUGCAUGUGCUGCUCUCCGAGCGCACCGUGGAUCUCAUUGGCGAAGCCGAGCUUCGGCUGAUGAAGAAGACUGCGUUUCUGAUAAACACCUCGCGCGGACCGAUCGUGAACGAGGCCGCGCUGAUCAAAGUGCUGAAAGAGGAUGCCAUCGCGGGCGCGGCGUUGGACGUUUACAAUGUCGAGCCGUUGCCGGUCAAUCACGAGUUGCGGAAGCUGGGCGACAAGGUGCUGAUGUUGCCGCAUAUGGCAUAUGUUUGUGAUACGGCUUAUGAGGUCUUUUACCGGGAGACUGUGGAAGAUGUGCUGGCGUAUCUGUCCGGGUCGCCUAUUCGCGUCAUGACCUGAUGAUGAUAAGUCUAUAGGAUCU